UAUUCACUUAAGCAUUUUCAUAUUCCAGAACCUAAAAAGCCUCCAGUUUUUGACCAGCCUCUUCAGCCAGCAGCAGCAGAGGAAGGUGAUACCCUACAGCUCAGCUGCCAUGUCCAAGGAUCACAGCCAAUACGGAUUCAGUGGCUGAAGGCAGGGAGAGAAAUAAGAGCUUCAGACAGAUGCAACUUCAGCUUUGCUAAUGGAGUAGCUCUUCUGGAACUUGCUGCAGUUAUCAAAUCUGACUCAGGAGAAUAUGUAUGCAAAGCUUCAAAUGCAGCUGGCACUGAUACUUGCAAAUCUAAAGUGACAGUUAAAGAAAAAGCAGCAGCUGCACCAGCAGCUAAGAAAGCCGAAGUAGAAGGAAAGCUUUAUUUUGUGUCAGAGCCUCAGAGUAUCCAAGUCAUGGAAAAGACUGUUGCAACAUUUUUUGCAAAAGUUGGAGGAGACCCAAUUCCAAAUGUUAAAUGGAUGAAGGGAAAAUGGAGGCAACUCAACCAGGGAGGUCGCAUUAUAAUCCAGCAGAGAGGAGAUGAAGCCAAACUAGAAAUAAAGGAUGCAAUAAAAACUGACUCUGGCAUGUACAAAUGUGUAGCUUUUAACCAACAUGGUGAAAUUGAGAGGAGUGUAAACUUACAAGUUGAAGAAAGAAAGAAAGAAGUUGUUGAAGGGGAUCUCAGGGCAAAACUAAAAAGCACACCAACAAAAAGGAAGGAAGAAGAGGAAGAGCAACCUAUUGAUAUCUUGGAACUUCUCAAAAAUGUGGAUCCCAAGGAAUAUGAGAAAUAUGCUCGCAUGUAUGGAAUUACAGAUUUCCGUGGCCUUCUGCAAGCCUUUGAGUUACUGAAGCAAACCCAAGCAGAAGAGAGCCAUAGAUUGGAAAUUGAGCUCACAGAAAAAGCUCGAAGAGAAGAUCAGGAGUUUGAUGAACUUGUAGCUUUUAUUCAGCAGCGACUCUCACAGACAGAGCCCAUUACUCUGAUCAGAGACAUUGAAAAUCAGACGGUUUUAACAGAUGAGGAUGCUAUAUUUGAAUGUGAGAUUAAAAUUAACUAUCCAGAAAUUAAACUUUCCUGGUACAAGGGAACCCAGAAACUUGACUCCAAUGACAAAUAUGAAAUUAGAAUUGAAGGUGAUCGCCACAUACUGAGAAUCAGGAACUGCCAACUUGAAGAUCAGGGAAAUUUCAGAAUAGUGUGUGGACCACACAUUGCCAGUGCCAGGCUAACUGUGAUUGAACCUGCAGUUGAACGGCAUCUUCAUGACACUACUUUCAAGGAAGGAAACAUAUGCACGCUGUCUUGUCAGUUCUCUAUCCCAAAUGCCAAGUCCCAGUGGUAUAGAAAUGGGAGACCCAUUAAGAUAGGAGGGAGAUACUCAACACAAGUCUCUGACAAAGUACACAAACUCAUCAUCAAGGAUGUUAGAACAGAAGACCAGGGACAGUAUACCUGCAAGCUUGACAAUCUAGAAACAACUGCAGAUCUGGCCAUUGAAGCGGAACCAAUUCAGUUCACAAAGAGUAUACAGAACAUUGUAGUGAGUGAACACCAGUCUGCAACCUUUGAGUGCGAGGUGUCUUUUGAUGAUGCAGUUGUGACAUGGUAUAAAGGACCCACUGAACUGAGAGAGAGUCCUAAGUACAGCUUCAGAAGUGAAGGUCGCUGUCAUUAUAUGACUAUUCACAAUGUUACUGCAGAAGAUGAAGGUGUAUAUUCUGUAAUUGCUCGUCUUGAACCAAGAGGAGAAGCAAGAAGCACCGCAGAGCUCUAUCUAGUAACAAAAGAAAUCAAACUGGAGUUGAAGCCACCAGAUGUUCCUGAUGCCAAGGUCGCAGUUCCACCUCAAAAAACAGCUGAAGCUGCCCCUAUUCCUAUUCUUCUGCCUCUUGUUCCACCACCAGAGGAGAAAAAGCCAGAAAAAAAGGUUCCAGUAAAGAAAGUCUCCAAAAAGGUGGUUAAAAAAGGUCCUGAAAAAGUCCCACCACCUGAAGUUCCUAUGGUGCUGCCAGAGAAGCCCAAAGAGAUCAAAAUAACUUCCAUGGCAAGGAGAGAAGAGAUUCAUGAAGAAAAAAAGGAAAUAUAUGAUAAGCCCCAAGAAACUUAUGAGGAAUGGGAGGAAGAUUAUGGAGAAGACCAUGAUUAUUAUGUCAAGGAAGAAGGCUAUGAUGAAGGGGAAGAGGAAUGGGAAGAAGCUUAUGAGAAAAGAGAAGUGACUUAUGAAGAAAAACGAAUAAUUCAUGAAGAAGUGGUUGAAGUUCCUAAGAAGCCUGUGCCUGAGCGAAAACCACCAGCCAUUACAGCUGAAAAGAAGGAAAAGAAAGAAGUAACAGUUCGUAAAGUUGUCAAGAAACCUGUUGAUGAAAAAGUAGAGAUAACCACUCAGAGGGUUGCAGAAGAAAAGGUCAAACGAGCUGAGGUUACCAAGAAAGUUCUACCAUCAAAACCUACACCAAUGAUCAUUGAGGAAAAAGUUAUGAAAAAGGAAGUACCGACAGUAGAAACAUGGACUGUUUCAGAAGAAAAGAUGUCGGUUUCUGUCCACAGAGAAGAAGAGUAUUCAUAUGUAACAGAGCCAACAGAGCAUGAGAAAACAGUUGAAGAAAGAUUCUUUGAAGCUGUUUACCCAAUUGAAGCACAUAAGGAAGUUGAAGAGGAGGAGGAAGAAGAGGAAGAAGUAGAAGAAAUUUCUACAGAACUGGAGAUCCCUCACAUUGAAGUGCCUGAGAUACCAAAGAGGCAUGUUCCAGAAGAAAGAAAGCCUGUUCCUGUCCCUGUUCCUAAAAAAGAAACUCCACCAGUAUUUUCCAAAGUGCCUGAAGUUCCUAAGAAACUUGUUCCAGAAAAGAAAGUUGCUGUUGCUAAAAAGGAGGUGGUUCCCCCGGCAAAAGUUCCUGAAGUGCCUAAAAAACCUGUGCCUGAAGAAAAAGAACAUGUUCCUGUUCCCAAAGAACCUCCACGAGUCAAAGACGUGCCUAAGAGAGUUCCUCCAGAGAAAAAAAUUGCUGUUCCCAAAAGAGAGGAAGCUCCACCACCUAAAGUGCCAGAAGUACCUAAGAAGCCAGCUCCAGAAGAAAAAAUACCACAUGUUCCUAAAGUAGAAGAAGCUCCACCUGCAAAAGUGCCUGCAGUUCCUAAGAAGCCUGUCCCUAAAGAAAAAGUAUCUCCUGCUGUUCCUAAAAAAGUUGAGGCUCCUCCAGCUAGAGUGCCUGAAGUGCAGAAGAAAGCCACUUUUGAAGAAAGACUGCUUAUUACAGAAGAAAGAGUCUCUGUUGCCAUUCCAGAGGAAAUCCCACCACCUGAAGAACCAACAAUUGAAGAAUGGGCUGAAGAAGAAAUGGAGGAAGUGUCUAUUUCCAUUCACAGAGAAGAGGUUUCUGAAGUGACUGAAGAAGAGUCUUACUACAUAGAGGAGAGGGUAACUGUUCCAAAAAGAGAGGAAGCCCUCCCCACUAAAGUGCUUGAGAAGCAUAGGAGAGUUGUCCCUGAGCCAAAAGUUCCAGCUGCCCCUAAGGAAGCUCCAGGAGUUAAAGAACCUGCAGAAGAACGGGUGCCCACUUUUGAGGUAGAAGUUGAAGAACCUCCAUCAACCAAAGUGACUGAAGUGCACAGGAAAAUUAUCACAGAAGAAAAAGUUGCAGUUGCUAAAAAAGAAGAAGCUCCACCAAAAAGAGUGCCCAAGAAGCCUGUGCCAGAAGAGAAAGUACCAGUUCCAAUUUCACGGAAAGUGGCAGCUCCACCAGCUACAGUAUUUAGUAUUCUUACAAUCAAUAUCUUUAAAAUGCCAGAAGCACCAAAGAAAAUUGUCAGAGAAGAAAGAGUAUCCAUUGCUGUUCCAAAAAGAAAAGUGUCUCCACCACCAGAAGUGCCUGAUGUACCAGAGAGGGCUAUCAUUGAAGAGAGAAUACCAAUUUAUCCUCCUAAAAAAAUGGCAAGACCACCAGCCAAAGUGCCUGAAGUACGCAAGACAGUUGUCCAAAAAGAAAAAGUAUAUGUUGAAGUUCCUCAAUAUGAAGAGGAAGAAGAGAUACCAAAAUACGAAGAGGAGGAAACUGCCAGAUAUGAGAAGGAAGUAAUCCAUUACAAGGAGGAAGUUCACCACUACGAAGAAGUCAGUCACUAUGAGGAAGAAGUUCCUCAUUAUGAAGUUCCUCAAUAUGAAGAGGAAGAAGUCAGCCAUUAUGAAGAAGCAGCUGCUUAUUAUGAAGAGGAAGUUCCUGAAUAUGGGGAGGAAGAGUCAGAAAUUCCCCAAUAUGAAGAGGAGGCUCCCCCCCCAGUUAGAGAGGUAAACACCUCAAAUAUUAAUGAUAUCUUUCAAGUGCCUGAGGUUCCCAAGAAGCCUGUUCCAGAGGAAAAAAUACCUAUCCUGAAGAAAAAAGAAGCUCCUCCACCAAAAGUGCCUGAGGUGCCAAAGAAACCUGUACCGGAAAAGAAAGUCCAAGUGCCGAAGAAGGAAGCUCCUCCAUCUAAAGUUCCUGAGGUAACAAAGAAACCUGUGCCAGAAGAGAAGGUACAUGUCCCAGUGCCUAAAAAAGUGGAAGAACCUCCACCAGCCAAAGUGCCUGAAGUGCCCAAGAAAGUUCCAGAAAAGAAAGUACCUGUCCCUGUACAUAAAAAGCCAGAACGUCCACCAGGCAAAGUGCCAGAAAUGCCAAGACCUCCCCCUGAAGAGGUACCUAUUUUUGUUCAUGAAGAAGAAGAGGAAUGGGAAGCUGUUCCAGAGAUACCAGCAAAAGUGCCUGAGGUGGCAAAGAAAAUUGUACCUGAAGAAAAGGUUCCCAUUUUUGUUCCUGAGGAAGAAGGGGAGGAAACUAUUCCAGCAAAAGUACCCAAGGUGCCUAAGAAGGUUGCUCCUGAAGAGAAGGUGCCUGUUGCCCCCUCUGAAAAAGUAAAGGUUCCAGCUGCAAAAGUCCCUGAAGUAUCCAAGAAACUUGUCCGGAAAGAAAAAGUCUCGGCUCCUGCUCCUGCGGUGAAGAAGUAUGAGUAUACAUAUGAGGAGUAUGAGAAGUAUGAGACAUAUGAAAGUAUUGAAGAGUUUGAGGAGGUUCAGGAAACUGAAGAAAUUGAGGCAUAUGAGGAACCUGAAGAACCUGAGAAAUAUAAGGAGAUUCAGCAACAGGAAUAUGAAGAGGAGGCUGAGGAGAAAGAUGUUUAUGAAAAGUAUGAGUUUAAAGAGAAAGAAGAGACCUAUGAGAAAUAUGAAGAGGUAUAUGAGGAGGCUUAUGAAAUCCAACCAGCUAUAGUGCCCGAGUUGCCUAAAAGACCUCUGCCAGAAGAAAAAGUCCCUGCUCCUGUUCCUGUUCCUAAAAAAGCAAUUCCACCAGCUAAAGUGCCAUCAGUGCUGAAGAAACCUGUUCCAAAAGAAAAAGUACCACCUGCUGCUGUUCCUAAAAAGGAAAUUGCUCCACCAGCUAAAGGGUCAGCUGUUCUCAAAAGAACCGUCCCUGAAGAGAAGAAACCUACACAUACACCUGAAAUUAAAGUUCCACCAAUAGAAGAGCCUGAAGUUUAUGGAGAAGUUCCAACAGAAGAAAAAGUCUCUGUUAUUAUCCCUAGUGAACCAGAAGCUCCAGCAGCUAAAGCACCUGCAGUGACAAAGAAAACUGUCCCACUGAAGAAAAUACCUGCUGCUGUACCUGCAGAAGAAGCUCCUCCAGCUAAAGUGCCAACAGUAGUUAAGAAAGUUGUUCCAGAAGAAAAAGUUUCUAUGACUGUGCCUAAGAAACCAGAACCUACUCCUGUGCCUAAAAGACCAGAAACUCCACCAUCUACAGUGCCAGAGGUGCCCAAGAAAAUUCCAGAAGAGAAAGUACCCAUUGCUGUGCCUAGAAAACCAGAACCACCACCAGCUAAAGUGCCUGAAGCACCCAAGGAAGUAGUUGUAGAAGAGAAAAUCAAAGUUGCUGUGCCUAAAAAACCAGAAGUACCACCAGCUAGAGUGCCAGAAGUGCCCAAGAAAGUCCCAGAUGAGAAAACACCAGUUGCAGAGCCUAAAAAACCAGCAGUUCCACCAGCUAAAGUAAAAGUUAUUAAUAUUUUUCAAGUGCCUGAGGUACCAAAGAAAGUGGUCCAAGAAGAGGUUUCAGUUAAAGUACCAAAGAAACCAGAACCUCCACCAACUAAAGUGCCUGAGAAACCCAAGAAAGUGGUUUCAGAAGAAAAAGUACACAUAGAAGUUCCUAAAAAACCAGAACCUCCACCACCUAAAGAACCUGAGGUACCGAAGAGAGUUGCUCCAGAAAAGAAAAUACCUGUGCCUAAAAUGCCAGAACCUGAGAUUGUGCCUAAAGAAACAGAACCAGAGGCUGCACCUGAAGAACCAGAACCUCUACCAGAGACAGUUGUUAAAUUUAGAACUAAUAUCUUUCGUGUACAUAAAGUGUCCAAGACACCUUUCCCAGAAAAGAAAUUACCUGUUCCAGUUUCCCGAAAAUCAAAGUCCAUUGCUGGACCACCAAAACCAAAGGCUCAAGAGGUAGAACCUGAAGAACAAGAACCUGCUAGAGUGGCCCAAAAGCCUGUUCUGGAACCACAAAAACUAGAGCUUGUUGUGGCAUCUGAGGAACCCGAGACUGUUUUGGCACUUCAAAAACCAGAAUCUGUUGUGGAACCCAAAAAAACAGAGUAUGUUGUAGUGCCUGAGAAACCAGAGUUUAUUCUGGUACCUGGGGAACCCAAGCUUGAUGUUCCAGCCCAAAAGCUAAAGCAUGGUGUGAUGCCCCCGGAACAAAAGCCUGUUGUGGAACCUCACAAAACAGAGUAUGUUGAAUUGCCUGAGAAACCAGAGUUUAUUGUGGUACCUGAGGAACCCAAGCUUGAUGUCCCAGCCCAAAAGCUGAGGCAUGGUGUGACAACCUCAAAACAAAAGCUGGUUGUAGAAUGCCAAAAACCAGAGCCAUUCAUGGCCACUGAGGAACAUGAGAUCAUUGUGGUACUUGAGGAGUCAGAGACUGAUGAAUCAAUCCAAAAAUCUGAGCAUGUUGUGCUGCCCCCAAAAACAAAACCUCCUGUGCCACCCCAAAAAACAGAGCUGCUUGUAGAACCUGAAGAAGCAGAGUUUGCUGAAGAUUUCCAAAAAUCAAGGCCUGCUCCAGUGUCCAGAAAAUCAAAGCCUGUUGUGGCACCCUGCAAAACAGAACCUGUCAUUGUGCCUGGGGAACCAGAACGAAUUUCAGCCCCCCAAAAACUAGAGCCUACUACAGCACUUCAAAAAACAAAGCCUCAAGUUGCAUCUAAAGAACCGGAGCCUGUUUUGGCACCUGAGGAACCACCCCAAGCCAAGCUGGCCGAAAAACAAGAGAGUCUUGCUAAACCGAAAAAAAGAGCAACUCCACGGUCUAAAGAGCCUGCAAUGCCUGAAAAGGCUGUCCCAGAGGAGAAAGCACCUGUAGCUGUUCCUGAAAAAUCGGAACCUCCAUCAGCGAGAGUGGCCACAAAGCUAAAAUACACUAAUAUCUUUGAAGUGUCUAAGGUGCCCAAGAAAGAUGUUCUGGAAGAGUCCAUACCUGUAACUGUACCAAAAAAGCCAGAACCUGCACCAGCUCGAG